UUCCACGCAAGUUUGUCAUCAUGAAUACUCAAGGGCGACAGCAGCAGGCGGGGGCGGCUCCCUCCAUGUGUUUACAGCCACUGAACUGACGCGUCGCGUCUCCGCGCGCAGAGCUGCGCAACAGCUCACUCUCUGCCGCUUCCCUCUGCGGUGUGCGCUUCUCAGGAGUGAAAAACAUACUUAUAGUUCCUGAUGACGGGGCGUACAUCCAUGAACUAUGUCAAAGAAAGUAAUUAGAUUAUUGUUGUUGUAUUCAAAUUAUUAUUUACGAUUAUGGCGGCGUCGCAGCGCGCGAGAAACUCUGAACUUAAACAGAGCGAAACAUGGAAGCGUCAUAUCAUCAGACAGCUGAAAUACCGCAACAGGACACAGACGAGCGUCUUCCAGGAUAUUAUAGAGUCAUAUCACAGUCUGCUGGAAAAGUCCAAUCAAAGAGCCCUCAUAACCAAAGGCAUUCUGGGAUCAGGGUCCAGGCCCUCGCUAUCUGAAGAUUCGCUGUCGUCUCUGAAGACAACCACCGGGGAGCUUGCGUACCAAGUGGUGGAACUGCAGCAGAGAAUCCAAAUAAAGGAAGUGACACUGGAUGAACAGCAUACCAAGCUGUAUGAGGUUCAAAACCAUCUCAGUGUUUUGGCGUCAGAGCGCAGCGUGCUUCAGGAAAGUGUGGCGGAGGUGCAGACUAGGAACCGACUUCUGAAACAGGAAUAUGAUUCUCUGCUGGAGCAGCACCGGAACAUGGAGAGCACGUACCGACAAGAGAAACUCCGCAGCUCGGAGAUCCUGGAGAACAUGAUCCUUCCAAAACAGCAGGCUGCUGUCCGCAUGAACCACCACAAUGAGAAGAGAGUGAGAGCCAGAGAGGCCAGUCUUCACAAAGAGCUUCAGAUGGCUGUCAGUCAGAAUGUGAAUAUUAAUGAAGAGACUGGAAAUGUGUCGCCUCCUAAACCAUCAUCCCCUAAAUGUGAGUCUUCACAGAGGUUUGAGAGAUCCCAUGCACCUCUUUCAAGGUCUGCUUCAGCUACAUCCCCCCGCAUCAUCAGCUCCAUCAGAGGACUUUUUGAGAGUAAGAUUAGAGGGAAAUCCGUUUGCAGGUCAGAGGAAGAUCUCUAUAUACCAUUAGGAGUCUGUCUGGUUGCCAGAGUCCCAACCAAGGCAAUUUUUUCAACGGAUGCACAUGAGCUGGGAAUCAAUGCUGUGAGGUUCAGUACCAGUUCAAACCUGUUGGCUACAGGAGGAACUGACAGAGUCAUCAAACUGUGGGGCAUUGAAGCAGGUACUCUUCAGAACAGAGGGACAUUAGAUGGAAGUAAUGAGGGGAUCACCAGCAUUGAGUUCGAUCGUACGGGCACUCGGAUUUUAGCUGCGUCAUAUGACAAGUCGGCUCUAUUUUGGAGGCUAGAGGACAGCGUUCCCAAGCUUACAUUGACGGGUCAUUCUCGUAAAGUGACAGCAGCCAGAUUUAAAUACAGUCACAAGCAGGUGGUCACGGGCAGUGCGGACAGGACCGUGAAGAUAUGGGACCUCCAGCGAGCUGCGUGCAUACAAACCAUUGAGGUGUUUUCUUUCUGUAGUGAUGUUGUGUGCUCCGAGUACCUUAUCAUCAGCGGCCAUUAUGACAGAAAAAUACGGUUUUGGGACAGCAGGGCAGGGACCUGCACACAGGAAGUGCCUCUUCAGGGCAAAGUGACAUCAUUGGACCUCUGCCCCAACCACAGGCAGCUGCUCAGCUGCUCCAGAGAUGACAUCCUGCAGCUGGUUGACCUGAGAAAGAGUAACGACAGGGUGGCCUUCAGAGCGGAGGGCUUCAAAUGUGGAAGUGACAGCACCAAGGCCAUUUUCAGUCCGGAUGGCAGUUUCCUGGCAGCUGGCUCUGCAGACGGUGCCGUCUACAUAUGGAAUGUGAACACAGGAAACUUGGAAAAACGGCUUCCUGACAUGCACAGAGCUUCAAUAAGUGCUGUGGCCUGGUCGUUGUCAGGUGAAUAUGUGGUGAGCGUGGACAAGAGCCGUCGAGCUGUGCUCUGGAGUGAUAUCUGAGAGCAGACACGGGCUGCCUUUUUCCAUCUUAUCAACUGAAGUCACUCCUGGAAAUGCACUCCAAAACACAGCCCUGUUGGGAAAAGCUCACACGCUGCUCUUCGUCAAUAACAAGACCUGUAGUAUUGUGACAGUCUUUGUUGCUAAGAGGUGGUGUCAUCCAAAACGCAGACAGAUGUGCUAAUGCUACAGGGGUCUGGCGACUGUCGAGCGGAGCUGUCUGGGUUUUGUUUUGAAACCUUGUUACACAUGAAUUACUGACGCAGAACGUGCCGAAGCGUUUGUAGGCCUUCCUGUUGCUUGAUUCUUACUAUAAUUGUCAGCAACUUUAAAAUCGGAGAUCUCUUGACAUACACCAGAUAUCACUGCCUCUGGGAUUUGAUAUCAAAGGGAAACAUGAACAAAAUGGAUUCAGCCUGUUUAAAGGACAUAGCAACACAUUUCUGAAUACGUGGAAACUCGACCCAGCGUAUUCACAUCUCAGUCCUAUUUUUAGAGACCAAAACACAGAGUAGACACACAAUUUUGAAUGCCUGGUAAAGGCUAUUGUAUAUUGUCACACAAUGACAUUGAUUCUUGAAUGCAGUAUAAAAUGAGAUAUAAAUAUUAUA